AUGAUUAGAAAUUCAGCUGCUGCAACCAUAUACUCAUGGCCAGUGGCUAAAAUCUCGAUGAGAAAAGUUAGGAGAACCACUAUGCCAGUUUUACCAUCAUCAUUGAGCGAAUUGGCAAACUUCCUAGAUUUCAAUGUGCAACGUUAUACAUGUUGUCAACAGCCCUUCUUCCAAGAUAAGGUUACAGAUACACACGGGAAAUGUUCAAUAAUUUUUGCAUGCAGUGAACUUAUUAGGAAAAUUGUUAUGCUUGGGAGUGAUGAGUUGCAUGCCGACGCAACUUUUAAAGUUGUGCCUUCAACUCCACCAAGCCGUCAACUUUUUAUCAUGCAUUUAAUAUACCAAAACCACUCCAUACCGAUUGUUUAUGUAUUGAUGGAAUCGAAGACUGAAGAGGCAUAUACAUAUAGCGAAUAUAAUGACUGA